UGACUUCUCCCUUGUCUUCUCUAUGCCCAGGGCACUGGUGAAUCCAAAUGUCCUCUGAUGGUCAAAGUCCUAGAUGCCGUCCGAGGCAGUCCUGCUGUCAACGUGGCUGUGAAAGUGUUCAAAAAGGCUGCUGAUGAGACCUGGGAACCGUUUGCCUCUGGAAAAACCGUUGAAUCUGGAGAGCUUCAUGGGCUCACAACUGAAGAGAAAUUUGUUGAAGGGAUAUAUAAAGUGGAAUUAGACACCAAAUCCUACUGGCAGUCAGUUGGCAUUUCCCCGUUCCAUGAAUAUGCAGAGGUGGUGUUCACAGCGAACGACUCUGGCCCCCGGCGCUACACCAUCGCUGCUCUGCUCAGCCCCUACUCUUACUCCACCACAGCCAUCGUCAGCAACCCCAAGGAAUGAGGGCCCCUCCUUCAGUCUACUUGAAGGAGGAGGGAUGGGAUUUCGUGUAACCAAGAGUAUUCCAUUUUUAUUAAAGCAGUGUUUUCACUUCAUAAGCUAUAUCAGAAACUCGGGCAGAAACAAUAAAACAUUCCUAUUAAAGCACUUCCCAUUUCAUUGGAA